UCCCAUCGGUUCUUCUAGUCCUGUCCUUGGUGGAUGUUCGCCCUUAGUCACUUAACUGCCCGUGUGCCUGAGGGGUUUUCUGUACAAGAAUAUAGCUCAUCAUAGUUGUCAUAGGUGGAAGGCAGAUUUUUAAAAAUGUUUACCUCUCUAAGAUACUUAGAAAUAUGGACUUAAAAUACAGCCUAAGUGAUGCUUGUUGACUUUAAAAAUGGGACAUUUAUUUUACAGAAUAAUUCAUUCCAAGGGCUUCUUUAGAAGAUGGUUACUCCUGUGGGGCAAUUAAAGCUUGCCAUUUUAUAAAACUUUGCUUUACACACAAACUUGAUUAAAAAAUAUUUCUGUUGCUAGUGAUAUUUUAUGAAUAAAUCGAGUUGAGACUUAAGUCCUUAAAUAAUUCUUAUCGAUAAAUUUUAAUAUAGAAACACCUCAUUAACCUGGAUUGGGGAAUCUCAGUUCUCACAGAUGAAAAUCAGGAAGGAUUCCUGAGUAACCAAAAUUUAGACUCCUAAUCAUUGUUUACAGUAGUGCCUGGCAUGGUGUAGGCACUUAAAAAAUACUCGUUGACUGAAAUGUGUUCAGAUACUAGGUCUUGGAGAUACAGCCAAACCAAAACCAAACCCACUGUCCUUGAUUGAUUCUGACUCAUAGUGACCCUGUCGGACAGAGCAUUAGGGUUUCCAAGGCUGUAAUCUUUAUGGAGGCAGAUUGCCCUAUCUCUCUCCCUGCGGAGCAGCCAGUGGGUUCGAACCACUGACCUUUCCAUUAGCAGCGAAGCGCUUAACCACUGCACCACCAGAGUUUCUCCUGGCGUACAAUAGUCACCAAAACCAGACUUGCAGGAGGUAGCUGUUCAUCAUAUAAUCAGCAUAAAUGUAAAACUGCACCCUGGUAAGACUUGGGAGAGGAGCCCUGGUGGUGCAGUGGUUAAGCAGUUGGCUGUUAAUCUGAAGGUCAGGAGUUCGAACUCAGCAGCUGCUCCAAGGGAGGAAGAUGUGGCAGUCUGCUCCAGUAUAGAUUUACAGCCUUGGAAACCCUAUGGGGGCAGUUCUGUACUGUCCUAUAGUGUGGCUAUGAGCUAGAAUUGACUUACGGCACUGGGUUAAGACUUGUGAAGGAAAGAUACCUGAGUAUAUACAGGGAGACCUUGCCUUACUUGAAGAGCAAAGGCUCCCCCUCUCCCUCUAAGAGGACAUGUGACCUGAGAUCUGAAGGAUGAGUGGGAAGUAACCAAGUAAAGGCGAGUGAGUGGGUGGGGGGAGGCGGAGGGAACAUUUAAAGAACCUGAAGGAGGUCAGUGUGGCUGAAUCCAGAGGAAGGGGAGACAGUGAGGUGGAACUGAAAUGAUAGAUCAUGGGGCUAGACAAGGUAUCAGAAUUUUGUUCUCAAAGUUGAAGGGGGACCAGCUAGGGUUGUAGGCAGGCGAGUUACCUGAUCAAAAAAUGUAGUGAGUAUUGUUUUCUAAUGUGUAUGCAGAAGGCAGAUUAGAAAUGGCAGACCAUGAGGGUGGAAGGGGAGAGUUUGGAGUGGGAAUGGACUUGUAAAUGGUUUAUAAAAAUAGGGACAGAAGGAGAUACAAAAUGUGACAAAACUGCAAGCUGCAGGCUGUUUAUUGGAGGGGUAAACUGCCCCUCUUUACCUCCUUAUUUCCUGAGCCUAUAAUUACAGUGUAAUAAUAUCUCAUGAUUUUGUUAUUAAUAAUAAAUAUGCUUAGCUCACUUCAAGAAAUCCAGAAUCUGAGCAAAGCGUACUUGGUCCCUGACCUCAUGGACCUUAAAUUGUAGUGGGAAGGAUAGACACAAAUCAGACACUCAACAUAGAAAGAAAAUAACAGUAGCAGUGUUUGGGUAAUGGGAUUUUGGGUAAUUUUUAUUUUCUGCCUAAUAUCUUUUAGUACUUGACAGUUUUUCUCUAGUAUAUUUUAAUUAUAAGAUCUAUAAAUAUUACACAAAUCUUCAAAGACAACUCUCCAUCAAAAAUAGUUCAAAUGACGCUUCGGAGGCCAGCAUAGCAGGGGCGGGGGUUUAGGGACCAUGGUUUCAGGGGACAUCUAGGUCAAUUGGCAUAAUAAAAUCUAUUAAAACAUUCUGCAUCCCAUUUUGGAGUGUCAUGUCUGGGGUCUUAAAAGCUAGCAAGCGGCCAUCUAAGAUGCAACAAUUGGUCUCAACUCACCUGGAGCAAAGGAGGAUGAAGACCACCAAAGUCACAAGGAGCCCACUUUGCAGCUUUCCCAUUUUUGUAGAAUGCUGUAAACAGUUGUCAAAGUUAUUCUUCGAGAAACGAAGAGUUGCAACUUCUUUCUAAUAGCAGAACUUCUGUACUUUCAUUCAAUGCCUAACGUUGCGGAAACAGAAAGGUCAAGUGAUUCCGGAAAUGAUGAGCACAAACCUGAGAGAAAGUCUCCGGAAGAGAACCUACCAGGUGCUAUAAAAUCUUUCUGCACAAGUGCCUCACCAGCACCCUUGGGUCCUAAAGGAGAUGGUCAUUAUCCAUGGAGUUGUCCGGUGACUCAUACUCGGGAAAAAAUUUAUGCCAUCUGCUCAGACUUUGCUUUUCUCAACCAGGCAGCCUCAAUCUACACAACUCCGAAUCCAGCCCGCUCUUCUUGCCUUCCUGAUAACAGCUCUUUAGCUGCUGGAAAUAAUUCUUCAAGGUAUACUGGCAUCCCGACUAGUGCAUCGGAAAGAAUCUAUAGUGAAGAAAAUAGCUUGGAAAACGUAUCCAGCAGCCUGGGCAAGCUGCCUCUUGCGUGGGAAAUUGAUAAAUCUGAAUUUGAUGGGAUGACUACGAAUUUGAAACACAAAUCAGGCAAUGUAAAGAAACAAAUUUCUAAGAAAAAGACUUCAGAUAAAAAAGGAAGACAUCAGAGAGAAUGUCCUCAGCAUUUUCCUCUUGAAGAUAUUAAACAGCGGAAAGUAUUAGACCUCAGACGAUGGUACUGCAUAAGCCGGCCACAAUAUAAGACUUCUUGUGGUAUCUCCUCAUUAAUUUCUUGUUGGAAUUUCUUAUAUAGCACAAUGGGAGCUGGAAAUCUUCCACCUAUUACCCAAGAAGAGGCUUUACACAUUUUGGGCUUUCAACCCCCAUUUGAAGAUAUUAGGUUUGGCCCCUUCACUGGAAAUACAACACUUAUGAGAUGGUUUCGACAAAUUAAUGACCACUUCCAUGUAAAAGGAUGUUCUUAUGUUCUGUAUAAACCUCAUGGGAAGAAUAAGACAGCUGGAGAAACCGCUUCAGGGGCCUUGUCAAAGUUAACCCAUGGAUUGAAAGAUGAGUCACUGGCUUACAUCUAUCAUUGCCAAAACCAUUAUUUUUGUCCAAUUGGCUUUGAAGCAACGCCUGUCAAAGCUAAUAAAGCAUUCAGCAGGGGCCCCCUUUCAACACAUGAAGUAGAGUAUUGGAUCUUAAUUGGAGAAUCAAGUAGAAAACAUCCUGCCAUUCACUGUAAAAAAUGGGCAGAUAUUGUUACUGAUCUAAACACUCAAAAUCCAGAAUAUCUAGAUAUCCGGCACUUAGAGAGAGGACUGCAGUAUCGAAAAACAAAGAAGGUUGGGGGAAAUCUGCAUUGCAUCAUAGCAUUCCAGAGACUUCACUGGCAAAGAUUUGGCCUUUGGAGCUUUCCAUUCGGAACCAUUAGACAAGAAUCACAACCUCCGCCGCAUGCCCAGGGAAUCGCCAAAUCCGAGAGUGAAGACAACAUCUCCAAGAAGCAGCACGGGCGGCUGGGCCGGUCUUUCAGUGCCGGUUUCCACCAGGACUCCUCGUGGAAAAAGGUGUCUAGUGUCCACGAGAGAAGGAACAGUGGCUACCAGGGUUACAGUGAUUAUGAAGGGAAUGAUUGACUGUGCUGGCUUCUGAACAACUGGUGUAUCCAACUAGUUGGUGUAUCCAACUGGUAUCUGCAGCUGUGUUAAGACAGUAGGAGAUUUUAUUAAUCUGCAGUACAUAUGAAUAGAUUUUGUGGUACAAACAUAAUCUUGUAGUUCUCCAGUAAAUAAGCUUGUAUAUGAUUACGAUGGAUAACCUCAGAUAUAUGAGCAGAUAAACCUAGAUUAUUGUCCUUUUAAAGUUAAGAGUAAUAUGGACAACCAGAAUAAAAAGUUUCACAAAAUCCAAUUAAAUUAUGACUGCUAUCUAAAAAAAGUCAAACACAAAUUCACAUAGUAGUAUCGAGACAUGAAAUACUCAAGCAUGAAAUUAUUUCAUUCCUUAGACAGUUUUAUCCUAAGAUCAAGAAGUUAAGGGACCAUCUGCCCUUUUAAAAAAAAGUUGGGGCCGUCAAUUUCUAGUUUUUUCUCUUACAGUAAACGCUCAUUUAAAAUUAUUUAGUGAGUCUGGUAGUUCUUUUGCUUGUAGCAGUAUCUUGCCUGACUCAUUUGAUUUGCUGGUUAACUUUCUCAGGAUUCUCAAUUAAAAGGCAAAAGAGAAGAGACUCAAGAAACUGAUCUUUUCUAGUGGUGCAAGAGAAUGACUUAGCACAUUGAUUCAGGAUAUUCUUGACUUUCUUGACUUGGUAUGUUACCAUCAAAUAUUGACAAGAGCUUUAGGUCUCGGAAGACUUCUGUAAAUUCAGAAUAAAAACUUUUUUGGGGGGGGUGGAGGGGGUAGAGUAAAAGAGCAAGGGAAUGUGAAGUUUUUAUACCCAAGGUCAUGUGCAAAAUGAGAUGCCGUAUUUGAUUGGCCCUUCGAUAUGGGGUCGUUUGGUGACAAAAGCAUUACAGCUGCACUGGGGAUGCUCAAGCCACUCAGAAGACAGCUGUCCAUAUUCCAUUUCCAAACUCUGAGCUGUUUGUUUCUUUAAACCAUAUAGACGAUGAGCUGUUAAAAGUGAGUGUUACAUUUUAAGAAGGUGUGAAUUUCCUAUAUUUGAGUUCUCUCUACCUGCUGUAGAUUUUUCUUCCAAUGCUAACCUGUGACUCACAAAAGACCAGGAUGUCUUGUUCCAGGACUCCAAUCGGUAACUUGAUUGCUACAAGGUGCUGAAUAUGUUGGUAACCAUAUUGCAAUACACCUCAAAGAAAGGGUCCAGAUCUUAUUUUUAAAAUAUUUUCAGUUUUUUGUCUUUUGAAUUUUGUAUCCAUUUAUCCACUCACACGUGCUGAGCCUACAGAAAGGGUCACGUACUAUGAAGUGGUCAUUUUUCUGAAGAGAAUAUUUUGCUUGAAAUGCAAAGGAUUGAAAGAGAUUUGUAGGUUGUUGAUUUUGUUACUUCAUACUGGGACUUUUAAAAAAUUUUCACCAAAUAAAGUUUUGUUUUCUACUUUUAUUCAUGUGAAUGUUUUUGAACCUUUGUUUUGGGCAGGGAGUACCCUUAAGAUUUUGUUUGAAGUGCAUAGUAAUUUGCAAAUUCUGCUUGAGUAAUGUGUUAUAAGAAACCACCCUGUUACCUCUUUUAUAUCAGUGAAACAAUAGUCAACGAAAUGAUGAUUAUAAUUUUAGAUUUCUCUAAUACUUUACAAUAGGAAAUAGAACAUGUAAUUCUUGUAUUAGCUCGAAUCAAAUGAAGAUGCCAUUUUUGUAGGUCAGACAUAUGGUCGGAUAUCAGCAAUCUCAUAUAGUUCAACUGAAUAUUUCAGAGAAGUAAGCAGGAAGAGCCAAGAGGAAAGGAAACAAGUGUAAUUCAAAGUAAAAAAAAUAAUAGGGUAACACUGAGGAAAGGAGGAUGAGUUUAUGCAGACUGCGUAUUGACCAUGAUCAAAUUUUAUAAGUCUUGAUAUAUAUGAUCACUGAAUAACUUGGCUUUCAAGUUUGGCAGUUAUUAAGGAAAGACAGAUUUACAGAGGCUGCUUUUCCAGAAAUUUUAAGCAAGAGUUACUGCAUACUUCUCUUCAAGAGCAAUAACAUUCCUGUCAGACUUGAUUUCUUGGUCAUCUCUUUUUAGGGAUCUCCAUAGAAGCAUGAAGGUUCAAAUCUUGGCUCUGUACGUGCUAACUGUAUGACCUUGGGCAAGUUAAGAUUAAUUUUUCUAUGUUUAUUAUUUGUAAAAUGGGGGUGAUAAUAAUACCUGUUUCUUAAAAUGUUCUGAAAAAUAAAUAAGUUAAUACAUGUAAAGCGUUGAGAACAGUGCCUCAGGUAUAAAAAGUGCCAUUUAAGUGCUUUCUAUUGUUAUUAUCCCAAAAGGUGUAUAUUUUACUGCUCAGAUUCUUUAUAGAGAGCCCUUUAAACAGCAAAGAGCCAAUUGAUUGUAAAUCAAAUAUACAGCCCUUAGUUACUGCUCCCUCAAAAGAAUAUUUUGUUUU